AUGUUUUGCGGUGUGCACCAUCUGGCCGAAACUGACCGUACGUCGCGCACAGCUCGAGAGCUCACGUUAGAGGCUGCCCAGUCCGCUGCUAUCAACCGAAACUCAACCACCGACUAUUCCUCAAAAACAUACAGUCCUGCACACAUUAAGAAGCUUCUUGACAGCCGUCAUGAGCGGGAGGUCUUGGAUGGAAUGCGGAGGGUCAUCUCGUUGAUGUACCGCUCGCAACCUUCCCUUACGUUCUUCUCGGCCGUCGUCAAGAAUGUAGCUAGCGCCAGCCUCGAAGUUAAGAAAUUGGUCUAUAUCUACUUGGUUCACCAUGCAGAGGCCGAACCUGACCUGGCGCUGUUAUCCAUUAACGCGAUCCAAAAAUCGCUGACCGACUCGAAUCCCCAAGUUCGAACUAUGGCGCUUCGGACUAUGUCUGGGAUUCGGGUUCCAGUGAUCAGCCAAAUUGUGUCACUAGCUAUCAAGAGAGGAUGCGGAGACAUGAGCCCACAUGUGCGCAAGGCUGCUGCUUUGGCUAUCCCGAAGUGCUAUCGCCUAGACCCCAACACGUUGCCACAGCUUACAGGGUAUCUGUCGACACUCCUGAACGAUCCCCAAUACUUUGUUGUUGGCCCCGCAGUGGCCGCAUUCUUGGAUUUGUGCCCCGAGGAAAUUGAUUUGAUUCACAAGCCGUAUCGCAGCCUUGUCAAAAAACUGGCUGACAUGGAUGAAUGGAGUCAGCUAGCAACUCUACGCUUGUUGACAUUCUAUGCACGUAAAUGCUUCCCCCGCCGGACUCAAAAGGUCAAGCCAGCAGCCCCUGUGGCAUUCUAUGAUGACGAGAGCACGGAGCAAAAGGGCCAGGCAGACGGCGACGAGGUUGAAGUGCAGGUGAUGGACCCUGAUCUCGAGCUUCUACUCCGGGCCUGCAAACCGCUAUUGCAGAGUCGAAACUCUGCAGUAAUUGUCAGCGUGGUCCGCUGCUAUCUGUAUCUCGCCUCCCCCGAGUAUAUUGCUGAAGCAGUUGGGCCGCUUGUGGCACUUGUGCGGACUCCCCAGGACAUGAAGCACAUCGCACUUUACAAUAUUGUUGCUGUGGCCAUGAAAAUCCCCAAGCCGUUUGCCAGAUACAUAUCGCACUUCCUUGUCCAUGCGAACGACCCGCCCCAUAUAUGGCGCCUCAAGCUGGAGGUGCUCACCAUUUUGUUCCCGCAUUGCGGAAAGCACUGGAAAGGUGUCAUAAUCAGCGAACUGGAGCAUUUUUCCAAAGUCACAGACCCCGAACUAGUACGAGAAAGUGUCCGGGCCAUCGGGCGAUGUGCGCAAGGGGACCCAAGCACGGCAAACAUGUGUCUACAGAUUCUACUCAGUCAAAUCUCCAGCUUGGAUGGGAAUCUUGUAUCAGAAUCACUAACUGUGAUUCGUCAUUUGAUACAACAAGAUCCGACCUCGCAUAAAGAGACAGUGCUCCAGCUUGUAAAGAACCUUGGCACAACAACCCACCCAGACGCACGGGCUACCAUUAUUUGGCUGAUUGGUGAAUUCGCCGGUGUUGAGCCAGACAGCAACAUCGCGCCUGACGUUCUGCGAGUUCUAAUUAAGGGAUUCGCAGAUGAGAUGGAACUAGUUAAACAGCAGAUCGUGCUUCUUGGUGCCAAGGUUUACCUCCACCAUUUACUGCGGAACCCACCGAAGGAGAAUGCAGAGGUCCCUGCAUCGACUGAACCGGUCAAAAAGCCCACGGCAGAAUACCCCAACGAAUGGGCUGAUAAUGAAGCUGAAGGACAAGGUACUACCGAACAGUCCGAAAAAGAAGGCGAAGGGGAACAUGACGAACCUGAAGCGAAAGAAGAAGAAGAGACCGAAGACCGAAUCACCCUAUUAUGGCGGUACAUACUUCUUCUCGCACGCUAUGACACGUCCUAUGACCUCCGCGAUCGAGCUCGUCUCUAUAAAAGCCUUUUAGAAACGCCUUCCUCCACACAACUUGCCAAUCUCCUCCUCUUGGCGCCGAAGCCCGUCCCCCACGCCCCCAGCCCAUCGGAGACACGCAAGGACCUUGUCAUUGGGUCUGCCACGCUAGUCGUGGGCUCAGAGGCGGGUUACCUCGGUCUCCGAGGUUAUACCAACCUGCCAGACUGGGUGGUGCCAGGCCAAGAGCCAGAUCCUAGCCUACGCAUUGAUGAAACAAAGCCCGAUACAUCUAGCAACACAAAAUCUACUGCAGGUGACCGUCUUGACCGUGCACUUCGCGAGCACCAGUCGACAGCCAUGCCGAGCCGCGAUCAGAACGGUACCGCAAUCGGAGUCGAUCCGGCUGGGAAGAAGACCCUCGAUCAAUGGCUUCAAGAGGAGGAUGAGGAAACGGAGUCCGAAACGGAGUCUGAAACGGAGUCAGAGGAAGAAACUGGUUCCGAGGAGGAGACAGACUCGGAAGAAGAGUCAGGCGAGUCCGGCUCCGAGGAAGAGUCCGAAGAAGAGUCCGACUCUGAGACCGAAGCUGUGCAAAAAGAGGCACAGCAAUUGCUGGGAUGA